UGCUGUGUUGCUAUGCUGUCGAGUCUGUUCGAGUUCGGCACAGCAUUUUAACCCGCGCAACAUGGACGAAGUCGACAAAAAGUUGAAGAAUUUUUUAAUAAACGCCAACGCGACUGGCAUCCAGUUAAAUUGUUUACCAUCGUUUUCCAAACAUCGGGAGAUACUGCAGCGGGACUAUUUGCACUCCAGUGGAACACAAAAAUGUAAACUCAUUCUGGUGGUUCUUGUUUGCGCCUUCGGAAGGCACUAUUUCAGCGAGCUGCUUGCAAAUGAAGAUUGCAUCUUGGCUAUGCCCAACCAGUUGCAAAAGGCGUUUCGCCCGCCGGAGAGCUGCAACUUCUGCCAGGACGUACGAAAUGUGCCCCGCAUCGCAAAUGUAGAUCCGGACGAAUUCGAGCAAAAGUACGCUUACUUGGGUGGACCGGUUAUUGUGACGGAUGCAACGGUUAACUGGACGGCGACCGAGUUAUUUGAUUAUUGGUUUUUCAAAGAGAUUUACCAAACAUAUGGAAGACGAAAGGGAGCUGCCAGAUGUCAGUUUUUUCCGUACCAGACCGAGUUUCGUAAUAUUUUUGAAGCUCUCAAUCUGAGCGAAGCUCGGGUCAAUUAUGCACCGGGUCAGAAGCCGUGGUAUUUUGGAUGGAGUAACUGUGACCCUCACAUACUGAAGAUCUUGCGACAGCACUACGGUCGACCUUACUUUUUACCAAGGACGUCAGAAAACAAUGCUGUGGACUGGGUGUUUAUGGGCGGUACUGGCUUGGGAGCACAUAUGCACGUGGACAAUGUUCGGCUGCCAUCUUGGCAGUCUCAACUAAGAGGAGCUAAGGAGUGGAUUUUGGCACCGCCUCCAGAGUGCUAUUACAGCUGUAAUUUCAUAUCGGUCGUUGUACAAACCGGAGAUACUAUUGUUCUUGACACCAAUAAGUGGUACCACAAAACCAACGUACUCUCCGGAGAAAUAAGCAUCACAAUUGGUGCCGAGUAUGAUUAGAUUCUCGAAAGCAAUUGUCAACUCACCUGGAAAUGAUAGUGGUUGCAGGUGGAAACUCAACAAUAUCUUCUCUUAUCUCGAGAUCAUUGUAAAAGCUUACAACAUGCGGCUCGUUGUUUCGAAACACACAGGACCCGUUUGCCGAAGGAAUCCGAUGAAACAGCGGAUCGUCGUCAU